AUGAAGCCAUUUCAAACACCAAACUCAUGUCAUUCAAGAAAGGGAAGUGCUAAAGUUAACAGACAGCCAUUUGCCAUCAUUAGCAAUUGUCCAGAGUUCUAAUAAUGUGCCAAUUAUUUGUAGAGUAAAGUACACGGAUUAGAGAUGAGAGUAAAAAACCUUAAUAGUCAUCAUGCAAGUGAAAACAGAUCUACUACAGCUUCUAAAACUACCACCAAUUUGUCUCCUUUUAAUACUCAUAAAUAAUGCAAAAAAUAUGGAUCUAAUAAACAAAUUGACACUCAAAGUUAUUACGAAACAAUCAUCAACAAAAGAUUAGAAAAUAUUAGUAAAAUUGAAUAGUCACCAAUAAAAACAGAGCAAUCUGUCAAUUAGGACAAGUACUCAGUGCAUAGUCUAGUCAGUCAUUAAACAAGAUUAAAUUAUAAUUGUAUUUAGAAAAUAUAGGCAUUAACCAAAAGACUCAGACAAUUUAAGUUGGUCAAAGAUCAGAAUCAAGAUGAAUGUGCUCCAUCUUUAGCUAAGAUCAAAUGCUUUUGUCAAGAAUUCUCAAAUGAGUGUUUCGAUUUCUAUAGGUGCACCGAUCUAAUUACCCUGAAAUACUUUAUUUAUUUGCUUCUAUAGGAGUUAAACAAUAAUUCAGAAACAUAUAGAGGUAAUGACAAUCAACAUUAUGUCUAAGAAAUUGAAUAUUUGAAAUCACAAUUGGAAAAUCAAAAUAAUGAUCAAAUGACUUUUAAAGGUCAGAUAAAGUUAUAAAAGAUGGUGUACGACACUUAAAAUCUAAUAUAAGAGAUUGUUAAUCAAUUUCAAACUCAAAAUAAUUAAAAUGUCUUAACUAAUUAAGUUGAUAUCUUGAAUAGGUAGAUAAAAUCAUUAAAGGAUAAUAUGGAUCAAUAACAAUUUUUAAAAAGCUCCUUUGGUGUCAAUUUAGCCAAUUAUGAGACUAAUGAAAACAAUAAUUCUCUUAUUAAUUAAUCUAAUUAUAAGACAAAUGAAGAUAGAUUUAUGACUUAGAUGAGUUCCAAAUCAAAGUCUCCAUAUUGUAGAAAUAAUCGAAAAAUAUAAGUGGAAGGGGAUUCAUAAAAUAACCUUAGAUUAUUGGAAGAGUAAACAAUUAUCAAUAGAUAAUUGAUGGAAAAGAUUUUUGAAUUGUAAUCAUCAGAUAAAUAGAAGUAAGCCAUUUAAGAAUUACAAGAUUAAUUAAAUGAGAAAAACAAACAAAUUAUUGAUCUUCAAAAAAGUAUUAAGAAUCAAGAAUGUUAUUCUGAAUUAAAUUAAAGAAUAUUAGACAUAAGCAGAAAUUUAGAUAAUGUUAUUUAAUAAAAUUCUUAAUUGCUUUAAGAAAAUGAAUAACAUAAAAAUAAAAUAGACUCAAUGAAGUAAUUAGAGUAAAAGUAUUAUGAUUUACUUUAAGAGAAUAACAGGUAAUGUUAAUAAAUAAAUUCAAUCAUAAAUGAUAAUUGUUAACUGAAAAAGAUUUAAUAGCAAUAUGAGGCAGAAUGUAAGGGAUAUCAAUAAUAAAUUUUAAAAUUAUAGGAGAAGUGUGAAGUGCUAUAAGCCUCUUUAUAGGAUUAAAAUGAUUCAAAAAUUUUAUAAUAAUAAAUUAAUGAGUUAUUAUAAUAAUAAUAAGAGUAAAAUAAAAUUAUUAGUUUAAUCACAGAUGAAGCCUUGUAUUUGGGACAAAUGACCUUGUAAACAAAUGAUUUGUUAUAGAAGCAAUAGGGUGACAUCCCUACUUCAAUAAGGGUGUUACAAAAGGAUUUAAAUAACAAGAAAAGUGCUAUUCAGCAGAAAAUGAAAAUUUUAUAGCAAUUUGGAAAUAAUAUGAAGAUAAAGCAAUGCAUUUCGCAUAAUAGUUCAUUCAAAACGAAUUCUGAUGUGGAUCUGUUGGAGAAUUUGGAAAAUGAUGUAAUUCCAGUGAAAUUUUAACAAUAAUCGAAUUAACAUAGUGAUUUAAUGAUGAUGUUGGUGGUGUAAUGCCAUACAAUAGAAAAGAUGAUUGACUUUUGA